UUGGAAGUUGGGGCCAGAGCUGGAAGAAGGUACUUCAAUAUGGAAGGAAUUUGUUAAGCAGAGCUGCUGAAUUGCUACACUCUGGACCUUUGAGUGGGCGAUGAAACUGAGGCACAGAGAGGUUAAAGAACUUGCCCAAAUUCACAUAGCUGGAAAUGACUUAGAGGCCUUACAAAUACAUCUGUGCAUUCUUGCUUCAGACUUUACAAUUGAGGGCCAACCCAGUCUGGAAGCACCUCUUAUUAAUGUUACAAGGAAACCGCUACCUCAGCAAACAAAAGGAAAGGAGAAGACUUACAAUAACAGAUGCCAUUUUUUGCAAAAAAAACUUGUUUUCAGAAAAUAUUAAAGGAAACUUGGAAAUUUUUCGCAUUGAGAAGCUUUACAGGUAAAUGGAUUUGGCAGGCAGGCUCUGUCAAAAUUCUGCAGAGAUUUGAUCUUCCUUCCUAAGGACUUAGUGUGAAGUUAUUCUGUACUGCUUUUUAAAUUGCUGUUGAUCAGCUUGUGGGUUUUGGGUUCUAACUUUUCUGGUAUAUUGAAGAUACAUUAUAUUACAUUUUUUAAAGUUAAGUUAUUUUUCUGCCAUUGUAAAUACAGUAUCAAAAUAUUCUUGCAAAGCAAUUAUAGGUAAACAUUUUUCUCAGCAAGCAUAUCUUUUUAUUAAGAGAGUGGAGCGCUAACAGUUCUUAUAUAGCAUUUUAGACACACUUUUAUUUUUUGUCAGAGGUCCUGCCUACACUGAAAAUAUUAAUUAUAUAAACCCGUUGUCCUUUUCACAUCUACGUUGGAUCACAUGGUCACCUGCCUCAUGGAAAUGCCUUUUUUAAAACUUAGAUUUGCAGAACUCCAUUAUUUUUAUACCUAGCCACAGUAUUAGGUGAAAAGGAAAAGGAGGACUCAGAACCCUGACCCUCUGGCGGUCACUGGGACAGUCGGCCUUCCCGCAUGUAUUGCUGCAGCGCCCAGGACAGUAAAAUGGACUACAAGCGGCGCUUCCUGCUUGGCGGGUCCAAGCAGAAGGGGCAGCAGCACCAGCAGUACCCGAUGCCCGAGCUGGGCCGCGCGCUGAGUGCCCCGCUGGCGUCCACGGCCGCCACCGCCCCCCUGGGCGGCCUGGCCGCUGCCGGCAGCUGCCACCACGCCGUGCCCCACUCCACCCCCAUCGCUGACAUCCAGCAGGGCAUUUCCAAGUACCUGGAUGCCCUCAACGUCUUCUGCCGUGCCAGCACUUUCCUCACAGAUCUCUUCAGCACCGUGUUCAGGAACUCUCACUACUCCAAGGCAGCCAUGCAGCUCAAAGACGUGCAAGAGCACGUCAUGGAAGCCGCCAGCCGGCUGACGUCAGCCAUAAAGCCCGAGAUCGCCAAAAUGCUGAUGGAACUCAGUGCCGGGGCCGCAAACUUUACGGAUCAGAAGGAAUUCAGUCUCCAGGACAUUGAGGUAGAGUAUCUUCUGUGUCACACUCGGGUAGGAAAAUGUAUUCCAGAGGUGCUGGGGCGAUGUUUCCUGACAGUGGUGCAGGUCCAUUUCCAGUUUUUGACCCAGGCAUUACAGAAGGUCCAGCCAGUGGCUCACUCUUGCUUUGCCGAGGUGGUUGUGCCAGAAAAAAAGAGCAGUGGCGGCAGUGGCAGCUUAUCUGGCAUGGGCCACACCCCGGAGCUGGAGGAGGCGGUGCGAUCCUGGCGGGGUGCUGCUGAGGCAACAUCUAGACUAAGAGAAAGAGGCUGUGAUGGCCGCCUGGCAGGAAUUGAAGUUCAGCAGCUCUUCUGUUCUCAAAGUGCAGCAAUUCCUGAGCACCAGCUAAAAGAACUGAACAUAAAAAUUGACAGUGCUCUGCAAGCAUAUAAAAUAGCGCUGGAAAGUUUAGGUCACUGUGAAUACGCAAUGAAAGCUGGUUUCCACCUGAAUCCUAAGGCAAUUGAAGCCAGUUUGCAGGGCUGCUGCAGCGAGGCGGAAGCGCAGCAGACGGGGCGGAGGCAGACCCCCCCGCAGCCCAUGCAGUGUGAGCUUCCCACCGUCCCCGUGCAGAUAGGAUCCAGCUUCCUGAAGGGUGUCUCCUUCAACGAGUCGGCCGCUGACAAUCUGAAACUUAAGACGCACACAAUGUUACAGCUGAUCAAGGAGGCAGGCUGCUACAAUGGAAUCACGCCCAGGGAUGAUUUUCCUGUGACUGAAGUCCUGAACCAGGUGUGCCCGUCCACAUGGCGGGGUGCCUGCAAGACGGCCGUGCAGCUGCUGUUUGGCCAAGCUGGGCUGGUGGUAGUUGACACGGCACAAAUAGAAAAUAAAGAAGCCUAUGCCCCCCAGAUCAGUUUAGAAGGCUCCAGAAUCGUGGUUCAAGUCCCGUCCACAUGGUGCCUGAAAGAAGACCCUGCUACCAUGUCCCUGCUGCAGAGAAGCCUCGAUCCUGAGAAGACCCUGGGUCUGGUGGACGUGCUGUACACGGCUGUGCUGGACCUCACCCGCUGGAGGGCAGGGAGGGAACAAGCUUUACCCUGCAUACAAAUCCAGCUUCAAAGAGAGAUCUGUGAUUUUGGGAAUCAGACUGACCUGCCUUCUGGGAAUGGAAACAAAUCUUCAGGUGGCCUGCAGAAGACAUUCUCCAAACUGACGUCCCGGUUCACCAAGAAAGCUUCGUGUACUAGCUCCAGCAGCAGCACCAAUUACUCCAUUCCAAAUACCCCUUCCAAAAAUAUCUUCAUAGCUGGGUGUUCAGAAGAGAAGGCCAAAAUGCCCAGUAAUAUUGACUCAAGGUUACAAAGCAUUUUGAACAUUGGCAGUUUCCCUAGGACUACAGACCCUUCACAGUCAGCUCAGAAUUCCAGUAAUCAAAUGGCCAAUGGUUUUCUCAUGGAAAGGCGUGACAACUUCCUGCAAGUGGAUGAUGGCAAGGAUGAGAAGGGAAUGAACUUACCAACUGAUCAGGAAAUGCAGGAGGUGAUAGAUUUUCUUUCGGGCUUUAACAUGGGCCAGUCACAUCAGGGCUCCCCAUUGGUGACAAGACGUAAUUCUGCUGUCACAGCCAUGGUGACUGAGCCGAAGGCAGGAGCCAUGCAGCCGCAGCAGCCGUCACUGCCAGUGCCCCCUCCACCGCGGCCACCUCAGGCUGGGGCACAUACACCCCUGACACCCCAGCCGGGCCUGGCACCUCAGCAGCAGUCCCCAAAGCAGCAACAACCCCAAGUCCAGUACUACCAACACCUGCUCCAACCCGUUGGACCACAGCCGCCCCCACCCCAGCCUCGGGCCCCUGGGAAAUGGGUACACGGCUCAUCCCAGCAGCCAGCACAGCCCGUUGGAGCGGGUCUGUCUCCUCUUGGCCAGUGGCCUGGCAUGUCUGAUCUCAGUUCUGACUUGUACAGCUUGGGUCUGGUGAGCAGCUAUAUGGAUAAUGUGAUGUCAGAGGUUUUGGGGCAGAAGCCACAGGGACCUAGAAAUAACACCUGGCCAAACCGUGACCAAAGCGAUGGAGUCUUUGGAAUGUUGGGAGAGAUUCUGCCUUUUGAUCCUGCAGUGGGUUCGGACCCCGAGUUUGCACGCUAUGUGGCAGGAGUGAGCCAGGCAAUGCAGCAGAAGCGGCAGGUCCAGCAUGGUCGCCGCCCAGGCAACCCCCGUGGCCACUGGCCGCCCAUGGAUGAUGCCCAUCGGACCUGGCCUUUCCCAGAGUUCUUCGCAGAAGGGGAUGGCCUGCACAGCGGCUGGUCGGGUGCUCAGGGAGACUCAGCCAGCUCGAGUGAUGAGACAUCCUCUGCCAACGGGGACAGCCUGUUCUCCAUGUUUUCAGGGCCUGACCUCGUUGCUGCUGUGAAGCAGAGAAGGAAGCACAGCAGUGGAGAGCAGGAGACCAGCACGCUGCCCUCGCCGCCUCUUCUCACUACAGUGGAGGAUGUGAACCAGGAUAACAAAACCAAAACGUGGCCGCCCAAAGCCCCCUGGCAACACCCUUCCCCGCUGCCUGGCACCCUUCCUGGCCCGAGCUCACCACUCUAUGCAGUCGCCAGCCCCGGCAGCCAGUGGAACGACACCAUGCAGAUGCUGCAGUCCCCAGUGUGGGCUGCCACCAGCGACUGCAGCGCCGCCUCCUUCACCUACGUGCAGACCCCACCGCAGCCCCCUCCCGCACCAGCACACAAGGCAGCACCCAAGGGCUUCAAGGCCUUCCCUGGGAAGGCUGAGCGAAGGCCGGCCUACUUGCCCCAGUACUGACCCAGGGCCUGCCUGCCCAGAGCUGUUGGGGCCAGUGUCCCUGCCCUAGGGCUGACUAGCUGGCACAGCCCCCCAGAGGACCAGUGCACCCCUGUCCCAGGCAGGGAUCCUUGGGGAUGGGGGUGGUUGGCAGCUCUCCAAAUCUUUAAGGCCUGGCUUCUCAAAAUUUUGGAGGCAUCAGACCCCUGGAGGGCCAGCUGAAGAUGGAGGUUUCUGGCCCUCUUCAGGGAGAUGCUGGGGGAUCUUCGAGCUUAAUAAGCACCUCUGGUGAUUCUGAUGCAGGUGGGCCACAGGCCACACUUUGAGAAACACAGCUCUCAAGUUUGUAGUCCCACUGUGUGUGUUGGGAAGGCAUCAGGCCUGAAUGCUGAGAGCAAAACUGACCAUUCUUCUGACACCCUCCUCUUCCCCUCAACAUGUUGAGUGAUGACCACACCAAUCACUGUAUUUUAUAGCUAUUUUUCAUGUAGGUUUUUAGUUAAAACAUCUCCUGCCUAAAAUGCAUUGAAUAUUUUAAGAUAACAUACAGUGGCUGGAGGUCUGUUCAACACUAUCUUUAUUUAAGCUUACACAAACUGGGUGAAGUAUAGGAUAUUUGUGAUCAGAAGCAGUCAUCUGAGUUUUCUAUAGGGGGACAGCCCCUCGCCAUCCCAGCAGCACCCAAGGGGUGCAACCUUUACCGGAUUGACGCAAGCAGGAUGAUAAAACUGACGUCAGAGGCGUAUUCCUGGUGGUGUGUGGAGAUGCGCCCGCUGGCUGCUGUCUGAGUACGGGAUAAAGUUACACCUUCCGCCCUCAGGUCCUUCCACACGUGGCCAGAGGCUUCGACACAGUCUCCAAAUGUGGGGGUGUGGUCAGGGGGCUGCAGAGAGACACCUGCAUUUGAAACUGCAGUAACGUUGUGAGCUGGCUCAAGACAAACCAAUUAAGUUGUGGAUAGGAACUAAUUUAAAAGGCUUUUCUUUAAAAAAAGAAACAAAGACAAAAAACCACCUCAUUUUCAGUUAACAUGUGCUAUUAAAUAGAUAACAUCCUGUGGAUUUAGGGGUAUCUUCCAGCCAGAAUGGAUCCAGAAGAAUUGAAUGGUGCUUAAAUUGAGAAAUAAUAAAUAUAUCUAUAUAGAAUAGACAUAUCCCACUGUAUAUUAAUUGAGGUUACAGAAGUUCUUUAUAUAAAACUUAUUUAAAUUUUUCAUAUUUCAUCUUUGAAAAGUCUAAUUGAGAAAAAUCCAUAAUAUUUUCUGGUAUGAAAGUUUGACAGUAUUAAUAUUUUUUUUAUAUUUUCUUAAAUCAUUAAACCAUUUUAAUAUAUGUUAACUACUAAUAAAUGGUUUAUUCUUUCUAACUCCAUAAAGCUUUUCCAGCAGAGAUUGUAAUAACACAGUUACGUUCUCAUUUUUCUACGGAUAUAAGUAAAUUUAUAUUUAAAAAAACCAAAAAGAAUAUAUAUAUAUAUGUAUGUAUACACACUAAUUAUAGAGGACCCUUAGUGUCUGAGCCCAGCCAUCUAAAGUUUUAGUACUGUGUUGCCAGGCUGUUUCCAGGCCUCGGGUGUUGUUGUCUUUUGUGCUGUGUGGGGAUGCCAUUGCUGCCUGUACUCAUGAUCCUUUCCCCGUGGGUUCUGAACAUUCACCUCACCAUGUUUACAGAAAACUGUUUUGUACAUAGACUCUUUCAGGCACGUGCUUUGCACCAACCCUGCGUGGCUCUUGUCCGUGUUAGCUGUCACAGUGUGUGCACUAAUCUCUGUUGAAGUUGUCCGUGGCUGUUUUACUUGUAAGAUAGUUUUCUACUUCCUUCAGUAAUGUGUCUGCAGUCCCCUGUAUUUCGAGUUCUAUUAUCCGGAAGUACCCUUGUUUUAAUAGUGCCUCCCCAAAGACCUCACCCUGGACAGAGGUCGGUCCUUGAUGCUCCAGCACAGGUGACAUCGACAUUGCUAAUUGCCACUUUGCAGUCUGUUUUUCUGAUUAAGGAAGACAUUUUGUAAUUGCAUCUCCAUGGGCUGUGAGACUGGGUGAAGCUGUUUGUGUGGUCUCUUUGUAGGUGCUGUGUUCUCAGCACCGCCUUGCUCUGAACACUGGUUAUUCCAGGUGCUGCGCUCGGCAGAGGGGUCUCGCCAAAGCGCAUGUGUGUGCAUGUGUGAGUGUGUGUGUCCUUUGCAUGGCCGGGCGUGGCUGCCUUGCUCGGACAUCAGCAGGACAUCGUGUGACUAGUUACAACGCUUCCAAACUGGAACUCUACAUUUUGUAUCUUACUUUUAAAGCUCCUAUAAGUAAAAUAACUAUUGGCUUUAUUAAAAAUAUACAUUUAAUAA